CCAUCCUACGUGACGCUACGGUGCCAGGCGGCGUUAUGAGCAGAGCUGUGACUCUAAAGACAGAGAAAUUCAUGGUAGGGGCUUUCCCCCCCCCAACUUUUACAAUGGAUUAUUAUGAAUUCAUUGUAUUUAUACAAUGACAUUUUUUUUUAAAUCCUCCUCCCCUCCCCCCCAAAAAGAUCAGGAUUAUGAAAUCUCUCUGAUUGUCAUGAAACCGUCAGAAGAGUUGAGAGCAUAAAAGGAACUGUGACGGUAAAGAAGGAAGAAGACACACUGAUGGAGGAGGAACCGCUGCAAAUUUAGUCCGAAAACGUUUGGAUUAAACUGAGAAAAACGGAGUUAUAAUAGUUUAAUAUCUUUGAGGACUUUUUUGUUUUGUUUUGUUUUUAUUUUUUGGGUGCACCAUGCGCAAUAGAUGGACCCGCCGGAGCCUGGUUGUCCUGGUUUUUACAUUUUUCAUCGUUGUCUUUGUGGAUUUCCAAUUACGCACCAGCAGCUUUACCAAAUCAAACGUGGCUCACCGCCCGUCGGCCGGCGCGCGCCAUGGCUCCAUCAGGCAGGUUCCCUCCGCGCACAGCUCGGUUCAUAACAGAGGCAGCAGCAUCAACGGCGGCGGAAGAGAAUCUAAACUCAGUGAAAAUAACCGAGGAGAGUCGGUGGCUGAGCGCGUCCACGCCACGCAGCCCAAACUCAGACUGGAUGACAUUUACGUGGCUGUAAAAACCACCGCGAGGUUCCACAAGACGCGUCUCGCGCUCCUUUUGGACACUUGGAUCUCAAGGACCAAGGCGCACACAUUCAUUUUCACAGACAAAGAGGAUGAAGAAUUAAGUUCAAAGGGUUAUAACAUGGUGGUAACGGGGUGCCAAUCAGAUCACAGCCAGCAGGCUCUGUCCUGCAAGAUGUCCGUCGAGUACGAUGGCUUCAUGGCCUCAAACAAGAAGUGGUUUUGCCACGUUGACGACGAUAACUAUGUGAACCCCGAGGGUCUCCUCUCUCUGCUCUCAACGUUCCCCCAGGAGGGCGAUAUCUACGUGGGCAAGCCGAGUCUGGACAAACCCAUCACCGCUCAUGAACUGCUGGACGGAAAUAAAACGGUGAACGUGCGGUUCUGGUUCGCCACGGGAGGUGCCGGGUUCUGUCUGAGUCGAAGGCUGGCAGAAAAGAUGUCUCCUUGGGCCAGCGGCCCGCACUUCGAGCGGACAUCGGCCAGAAUCCGUCUCCCGGACGACUGCACCGUGGGUUUUAUCGUCGAGAAGAUGCUGGGCGUCGCCAUGGUCCACUGUCCUUUGUUCCACUCGCAUUUAGAAAACCUGCUUCUAAUAAGUCAAAGAAGCCUCCCACAGCAGGUAACCCUGAGCUAUGGGAUGUUUGAGAAUAAGAUGAACAGCAUCGAGGUAAAGGGAAGCUUUUCUAAGGAGGAGGACCCCUCCAGGUUUAAAACUGUCCACUGCAUCCUGUAUCCUGCCACCAGCUGGUGUCCUCCGGUCACUUGAGAGAAAGCUCUUUUCCUGCUGGGUAAAAAGAAAGAAUCGUUCCCUGGAUAUUUUUUCUUCUGCGCAGAGGGGGAAAAAAAAACAUGAUUUAUUUUCAUGGAAUACAGAAGGAACUGGGGUCGAACCAAAUAUUCAACAUGAUGAAACUGUGUCCUCCCACAACUCAUGAAUGCGUUGCAUGUUCGGCGUAAAGCACUGUAAAGACAUCUCCUCUAUUCUUUCACUGCUGUUUUUAAACCUGCUACAAAAAAUAAUGUUUUGUCUUUUUUUACUUUAACUUAAGCACUUAAUAAAGGGAACAAAUAUGUGAUUUUUUUGUUUUCAAGAUUUUCAUGACUUCUUGGCAGAGAUUUCUGGAUAAUAAUGUUUCAGUUUAACAGAAAUUACUUUUUUUAUGUGAAUUAUGCUUCUAAUUGUCAACAAUGUUCAUUAAUCAAUGCGGGCAGCAAUAAAGUAAUGCGAACCGUUACGGGUCGAGCCGACGCGCCGUCGUGGUGUGUUUACUGUUCUGAAGGAGAUAUCGUCCUUGCACCUACAGCAUGAAGCCUGCACACAAUGAACCGCCUUGACUCACAUCUCCCUCGGCCAAACCUCUCAUCCUCUCCUUUAUUUUCUCACUUCCUCCCUCCCUCGACACCUCCAUCUGUCUCGCUGCCCACCGCUCCCUCCUCCUUUCCUUUCCGUUUGCUACGCAUCAGCCGUAUUCCUGAACACCUCGAGGCGGAGAGCGCCCGAGAGCAAAACGCUCUUCCACUCUUCCCUGAUUGUCAUGUUUAUUUUUGAAAUUCAUCCCCCCACCCUCACCUAGCCUCCGCUCCUUCACAUUGACAGCAAAACACUCAAAGUGGGAUGAUGAGAGCAACCGACGUUCCCGGUCUCCUGUUGAGAGAAGAAAGCGGCCUGCGUUCGCAGGGAAAGGAAAUCUCAUCAAGUCGGACAGGUCGGGUUCAGAAUACCAACUGAUAUGCACGCAAUCAGGCGUCGGGGUAGGAAUGAACGGCGGGGGCCGUGCGAAGAGCACCUGAGGAGAGUGAUGACACCACACUCGCCGGCCCGUAGUUUGCUUGUUUGGUGUGAAUGGAGACGUGAUGAAUACAAAUAACGUUGUCGGAAGCGUCCGGGUCUGACCUUGCCUGCAGAAGACGGAAGUUAGUUUGGAGAGAGCGUGUGACUUUAAGAGAUAAUGAUGGAAGCAUGAAGACCCACUUGAGAGGAGUAAAUAGGAAGUUGAGUUGAUGGGAAAUGUAAAGUCGAUUGAUGGGAAAAGUGCUGUUUUUUUUUCCUCCUACAUUUGUUUAAUUCAGUGUGUUUCACAUUUUAUCAGUGGGAAAUAAGAUGUUGAAGUAUGGAAGUGUUUAACUGCCAGAGCUUGGACAAAAAUUCGGACAACUUUCAAGUCCUAGCAAGAUUUUUAAGAAGUUAUUACGAGACAUAUCUCAGUAAAAUGUAAAAAUCUUUUCCUGUAAAUAAGACCUAUUGUAACAAAACACUAAGACAGUAACAUCUGAUUUUUUUAUAUGUCAUCUAGAAGAAACGAGGUAAAAAGAAGAGACAUAAGUCGGCACCUGUCAGAGGAGAGUGUCGUUACAUCUCGUUAAAAUUAGAAAGUUUUCUUAUUUCAACGAGUUUUGUAUCUUGUUAUAAUGAGAAAGUUUAUCGUGUUAACUAGUUUUGUAUCGACAGCGAUAAAGUUUUCACGUUUCAUCAGGUUUUGCAGCUAUAAUGAGAAUUUUUUGCAUUUCAACAGGUUUCUCUUUAAAACGAGAGUUUUCUUGUUUUAUUGAAAAACUUUCUUGUUAUAGUGAGAUACCUCUCUUGAAUACAUUUCCCAGCUCUGGCAGUGAAACGAUUCCACAAUAAAGAGCUCAUAGUGAAGAUCUUUAAAGGUAAAAAAAAAAAAAAGUCACGUUGGUGAUUGUCAUAAUGGAAAGGGAAAUGUCAAAUGAGCUCUCAGGAUAGUCUGGAUGUGUUGUACGUCUUUAUUUGGGGGGAGAAUUCAGAUUUCACCCAUCAGAUUUGGUCUGAUGGGUUUGACUGAGACAUAUGUUUGAAAGCAAAGUUAUUUGAGAAACAAAUCUUUGUUUUUGUGUGUGUGUAUGUGUGUGUAUAUUUUAUUGUUAAGGCUAAGGAUGGCAAACAGUGAUGCGUAUAUAAUUCAUGCCUACGUCGAAGCUGCCUUGGCCGUAUGCAUUUAAACUAUGUAGAAUUUAUCCUUACGUGACACCAGAAACUUGAUUUUGGGUUUAUCAGAGAAUAACAGUGGAGAGCAAAAAAGAACAAAGACACUUUGUAUUUCACAAUAAACAUGUAUGAUUAAGAGGAUUUCUCAAAUAAAUCAGAUGGACCCCUGAAACGUAAACGGCUUUCAGUUUACACACGGACCUUCUCAAUGAGUUCUUCACUCUUUAAUCUACUCUUGGAAUGGAUUUAUAUUAACAUCUUCUUUAAAAUGUGUGCAGACAAGCUUUGGCACUGCUACAGUUCCAUAUGUUCGUGUCAUAUACGCAACAAACUGUUUAAACGCACAGAUUGAUGCUUUUUUCCCCCCUUCUUUCAUUUACUAGGAAUUACAGUGGCAGAAAAUUCAGGUAUUUGAUGUCUAAUUAUAUAACACUUAUCCUUUUGUAUAGAUAAGAGAUUUUUAAAUUGAGUUUUUUUUUGUGGUCUGCUAAUCCGUGAGGUCUCAAAGAAGCCUUCCCAUGUGUUGUGUCUGCACGUCUUUCCUUUUUGCCCUUCUUUUGGCGGUGCCCAAAGGGGUGAGAGGUUUGUGUCCCCCUGCCCACUGCUUGCCUUUGACCCGAGUAUAGUAGAUUUAAGGCCCCUGCUGUCCAUAAUCAGGACUAACUGUGGGAGCAGGGGACCGGGUCAAUUGGAAGCAGAGUGUUACAGCUGUCAGAGGAGCAGUGCCCCUCGUCUCCUCUGUCCGUCACAUUAAAUCGAUGGGGGCUUUUCAAAGGGCACGGAGGAAGAAAUGAUGCCCAGGAAGAAUAAAAUGAUGGAGGAGCCAACAGGGGGACACUGACAGCUAGGCAGAUUUCUUUUUUAAUGUUUUUCCCUAAUAAAGACGCAACACAAAUAAAAUCCUCAAAGAUUUGGCAAACCUUGAACAGCACGUAGGCAUAACAGGCGAUUCUCUACAGCUGCUUUUGUCCAGUUUAUCCAGCAGGAGGUUCUCAGUCCACAUCAGUGAAUCUCCACAGGGCUUCCUUUUAAGCCAUUUGAGGUUUUUUUUUAAAAGGUAUGCUGCAUUUUUAUUAAAUAUUUUCCCUUCUAAGGCUUCAAAAGUAUUGAAAGGAUUGUAUAUAUUCUACAAGAAUGAAGAGAAUUCCUCUCAGAAGAAGUCAUGUCAGUCUUUCCUUACAGGCUUGGCUGGGGAGUUCUCGCAACUUGUUUUAUCUGGGAGGAACUUUUGUCUUGUGCAGUCUCAUCAACUUGAAGCGGGUAUGGUCAAUGUGGAAAAGCACAUUUCCUUUUUCCACAUUGUGCUGGGGAAACUGGGAAUAGUUCCCCGCUGGUGCAGACUGUCCAGACGUUGUCCUCAUCUUGCCACUUCCAACAAAAGAAGACAUUGAAAAGCACUCUUGAUAAACGCGAACACGCCUUUAGACCGCUGCCUCAGUCUACACAGCUACUGCAUGACUGUUUACAGGCACUGCAAAAUCAGAACAUGCAACGCUCACGAUGACCUUAUUGUGUCGUAUUCCCAACGAUUUUAAUUUUGUUUUUUUGUUUGUUUCUUAACAUUCUUAAUGUUUAAGCCCCACCACAUCUGCUCUCAGGUCACACAUUCAUUUUUCUUUAGAUGUUCCAAAAACUAAACUACAAAAUUGUGAUAUUGCUUUUGUUGUUAUGGCUUUUAUUGACAAAAAAAAAAAAAAUCCCCCAAAGCUUUAAAAAUGUAACCGGGUCAUUUUUAUGACUGACUUUUAUUCCUUGGCAUUUGUUUGUUUUCUACAUGUAUUUUGAUUCUACUACAUCUACUACUGCAUUUUACUGUUUUCUUAAAUUAUUAUACUACUUUGUUAGUCUUUACUCAUUCUUACGGCCUCUUUGUUUUGUGGUUUUACUCUAUUACGAAUAUUACUUUAUUGCUCUUGAAUAAUUUUAGGCAUUGCUGCGCAGCUCUUUUCUGAAAGUUAUAUAUAUGUAAAAUCAACCAUAACAUUCGUACCAUGGUAUAACCAGCGCUGCCUUUGGUAUCAACAUGUCCUACAUGUGUAAUCAUCCUGUAAAAGUCAUCAACUUACCCAACAGCUGGAGUUUUCUCACUCCAUGACGUCAUCUUGUCUGGUUUUCAGCGGCUGAAGUUUCUCUCUCUCUCCAUGGUCCUGCGGGUCAAACAGUCCCCAGUAAGUGGACAAUCUGUACUCCUCUGCAGUUACAUCGCCACGUAAGCAAGUUUGCUGUGGUUCGAUUCUCAGUGUAGGAGUUCCUGGUCAACCAGGCAACCCAUUACCUCCUGCUUCUGGAGUAUUCCCAGUUUGCCUAUCUGGCCUCUGUUCCUGUUUAUCCUGCAGGUCCUGUUGUUCAUCUUGCACAUUUUCUUGGUCAUUAAAUCUCUCAUAACUCUU